CCCCGCUUUAUCCAAAAACCUCCUCUUCCACUUACCUACUUCUGCAACCUGCUUCUAUUUAUACCUCAUUGCUUCAUCAUCUCUGCACCUGAGCGCGUUUAAGCUGUGUGCGUAAAUUCAGUACAAGAGAAGAGAAUAUCAAGCAUAAUAUCUUCCUCAUUUUGAAUCAUGGGUAUUGCAAUGGAUGCACGGGAGUGGUGGACGGUUAGGAGGCAGGACAUGAGCAUGGCUUCCAUGCCUUCUCCUCUCAGCAGUAAUCAACACAGAGCAGAGCAAUACUCGUACGAUGGGGUGAAAGCGGGGGCAAAGGCAUCCACAAUUGCAUUCAUAGCAUCUGCAAUCCCCGUGUUGAUGGGAGCACGGGCCAUUCCUUGGGCGAGGGUGAAUCUCAACUAUGCAGCUCAGGCACAUAUCAUCUCUUUAGUAAGUGGAGCAUCUUAUUUCGUUGUAGCAGACAAGACCAUUUUGGCGUCCGCACGGAAAAACUCCUUUGAAAAACUUGCAAGUCACGUUGAAUUUCCCCUGUAAAUGAUAGGUAAAUUGGGGAUGUAUCUAUGCUGAAAUAGAGAAAUGA